AUAGAUUUUAAAAAAUAGAUUUGCAUUCUAUUAUUAUUAUUAUUAUUAUUAUUAUUAAGCCUUCUUGCUAGGAGAAGCACAGGGGUCCUUCUGGCACAUCCUCGGCUACCUUUGUUUACAUACACGUCACCAGGAAGUGGAACAAACUUCGAAAUGUUAAGACAGGAUUCACAGGGUGAUGUUCCACUUUUUGACGAGGAUGAGAAUGCAGACACCAGGAGAAAGUCAAAAAUCCAGCAUCCUUUGGCCACUUUCUUCCACCUUUUCUUCCGUGUAAGUGCGAUCCUGGUCUAUCUGUUGUGUGAAUUACUCAGCAGCAGCUUCAUUGCCUGCAUGGUCACCAUCAUUCUCCUGCUGUCAUGUGACUUUUGGACAGUAAAGAAUGUGACCGGGCGUCUGCUGGUAGGCCUGAGGUGGUGGAAUCAGGUGGAUGAGAAUGGGAAGAGCCAUUGGGUAUUCGAGUCUCGAAAGGAAACCAGCAGAAAAAUUGUCUCAAGCUCUGAAUCAAGGAUUUUCUGGCUCGGUCUCAUAGUGUGCCCGAUCUUAUGGGUUUUCUUUAUUUUCUCGACUCUCUUUUCCUUCAAGAUAAAGUGGCUGGCGGUGGUGAUUAUGGGAGUCGUGUUACAGUGGGCUAACCUCUAUGGAUACGUCAAAUGCAAAGUCGGGGGUGGGACGAAUCUGAAAAACAUGGCAACCAACUAUCUUGGCGUUCAGCUUUUUAAGCAGGCAGUGAACAAAUCACAAGGACCCUAAAGUACCUUCAAGGAUUUGACAACAUUGGCACCGCUAAUGUUCUAAUUUAUUUUCUUGUACUGACAUUCAGUGGGAAACUCCUGCAGCUCUUGCAAAUUCUUUUCUCUGACCAAGUACGUAAGGGCUUUUUAGUUUUUUUUAAGCACUACAUAAUGUUUCAGUUUGUUCUCCCCGAGAAUGCAGCACAUAUUGGAAAUAGCAGUAUGCUGUCAAUAGAUGCCAAGGUUUGAAUAGAAUAUAUUGUUGGAUAUUAUGAGUGAGAUGAUUUUCUACUGUAUUUCUGUUACUGCUGAUACUUUUUGACUAUUUAGGAGGUUUCUUAGUUUAACACAAUUUCCAUGAAAAUUGCAUAUACAUUGCUAUUUUUCAUCCAAAUUUCAGUAUAUGAGGUUGUUUGUCUGGUCUGUAAUAAAGCAUGAUUAAAUAGUU